UUCGCGUAUGUCAUGGGCGCACGUUGGACGCCACUCUCGUGCCCGAGGAUCGAAUCGAGGAUUCGGAAUAACGUUGAAUUAAUACGCAAUGUGUGGAAUGAUUCUGUGGUAAAUUCCCGGUCCCGAGAGUAUCUGUUUUGUUGACGUUUUGGGUUAUGCGGGUUGUGGUGUCAGUGUUUUUGGUUAUAUCUGUUGACCGAGGGGCGAGAGGAGAGAGAUAGUACCGGUGGUGUUUAUGUUAUUGUGAUAAGUGAUUUUCGGUAGUUUGUCUGCUGCGUGAGGAAUACGAGGACUCUGGUGAGUCAGACUGAUCAGUGAGUUUACACGGGAUAAAGGAUAAAGACGUAUCGGGUUGUGGUGAUAUCAGAUGGAUUUUUGGUGCAUCAUGAACGAGUGAUUGGGGAAGAAAAAAAACUAAUGAAACGUGUGUGUAUGUGCUGAGGUUAGGACGCCGGAGGGGGUUGGUGUUGUUUCGAUAGAACGAGUUGAGCAGUGGCGCGCGCGGCUGCUUGAUAACAGCGCCGCGGUGAUAAAGGUACACUUUAUGAAGGACUCAAUGAAAAUAUCGAUGAAUUUGAGGUGAUGAAUGCUUUCGCUUGAGGCGAAUGUAAAUGAUAAAAGUAAAUAAAAGUGAAAACAGCAAGGGAAAAUAAAGAAAAUACCACCAAACUAGAUGUGCGUAAAUGGAAGGUAUAGGGGACAUAACCGAUCAUCAUCGGUCGCAUAGCGAGCAAUUGUUGGAUGCGGUCGAUUCACCAACGGCAGUGAGUACGCAUGGCCGUGGGGGCGGCUCAAAUGUUGGUACACACAGUGGGGGUGGAAAGAACAGUGGUAGGGGCGAUGUUGUACGUAGUAGCAGGCAUAAUCAGCACCACCAUCACCAACAACAACACCACCACCACCAUCACCACCACCACCACCAUCACCACCACGAGGGCAACAACAGAGCGGGUGGUAACGGCGCAGGAGGAGAAGAUAGGGAGCAUAGUGGGGGACAACAUCAGCAGCAGCAGCAGCAGGGUGGUGAGGGUAUGUCAUCGUCAGACUCACAAAGUCCCGAUAUCGCGUGCGCGAGCCUACCGUUGGAACUGCUCGCUGCUGGGGCGCUUGGCGUUAAGGAGGAGCGAGACCUCGCCGCCGCGGAGGAUCUGUCACCAUCCCAGGAACAUACGGAUAGAACAAGCGCAAGGGAAUCACUGUCGGUGAUUGUACCACCGCAGGACGUUGACGUUGACUCAAGGGACGCUGACUCGGAAUUAUUGAGUCCCGGUAAAUUAUCACCAACUUCUGGUAUAAGUGUGUCAGUUGCUAGUAUGAUCGACGCUACGGACUUCAGGUCGAUGCAACCGGAGCCAACUUAUCAGACAUUGACAUCAGUAGCUGAGAGAAUGUCACCGCCAGGCUUUUCACCUGGCUCAUCUUACGCAACAUUAACACCACUUCAACCAUUACCACCAAUAUCAACGAUGAGUGAUAAAUUUGUUUACGCUGGACACACAGCAAGCGGUGUAUCCGGUAGUUUUGCUGUUAUGCAGAACAAUGGGCUUGGUAAUAUGGGCAUUGGUAUUGGUAAUUCACCGUAUACCUAUGAUAAAUUACCACCAAUGGGUAUGUCACCACCACACAAUUAUCCAUCACCUGGUGCUGGAUUACAACCAAGUCCAUUAUCACCCCAGAGUGCGUACAGCCAGAGUGGUUUAAAUUCACCUCAUAAAUCAGCAAGUCCACAUUAUGAGCCAGCAUUUUUACCGAGAUUACAGCAGAGUCCUGCUGCACUUAGUCCACCAUCGCCACCUGUUUCCGCGGCGACGAGUUUCGCGCCUUCCCAUCAUUCACCACCAACGUUAUCAGUACCAGCUGCAUCACCACCACCAAUGCAAACACAAUUGCAACAACAAUCACAACAAUCACAGCAAAAUCAACAACAACAACAACAACAAACGAUAGGACAACAACAGCAAACGAUAUCGCAUACUCAGCAUGUUCAGCAUACAUCGGUUGUUAUGAAAACAAUGUCAUCAGCGGGUAAUGGUGCUGGUGAAGUUGAGGAAAUUAAUACCAAGGAAUUGGCCCAGAGAAUAAGUGCUGAGUUGAAGAGAUACAGUAUACCACAGGCUAUAUUUGCACAGCGGGUACUGUGUCGUAGUCAGGGUACACUCAGCGAUUUACUCAGAAAUCCAAAGCCCUGGUCCAAGCUUAAAAGUGGACGUGAAACAUUUAGACGUAUGUGGAAGUGGUUACAGGAGCCGGAAUUCCAGAGAAUGUCAGCAUUGAGAAUUGCAGCCCUGAGUAACUGCUCUGAGGGCGGCGGCGACCCGGAUGCCAUGCUGGAUAUUCAUCACCAAGGAUCAGGAAUCGACACCCAUCACCAACAGUUUCACAACUCAUAUGCUGCACAGAUUCCACAACGAGGAACUUGCAAGAGGAAAGACGAGAUGGCGAGCCAGGCAGAACACCAACAGCCCGCCCCCAAGAAACCGCGGUUGGUUUUCACAGACCUUCAGCGCCGUACUCUACAGGCUAUUUUUAAAGAAACAAAGAGACCUUCGAAGGAGAUGCAGGUGACAAUCGCCAGGCAGUUGGGCUUGGAGCCCACGACAGUUGGUAAUUUCUUCAUGAACGCGAGACGUCGUUCAAUGGACAAAUGGAAAGACGAGGAUCCGAAGAAUCCAGGUGUGGACGAGGGCCAACUAUCGCCCAGCCUCGGUAUAAGUCCACGCCAGGCUACCGAUGUUUUGUGACAUACGUCUGACCACGAGGAAUAUCACGACGAGUCGCCCGAGGAGGAUCUUGCCUUCUCGUAAAUUAUUUCGUUGAACACUCGGGAAAACUCGAGAAUAUGCCGAUGCCCUCCGCCCCCUGAUUCAUUUCCAUUGUUUUCUUUAUUAUUUUCAAUUCGACACACCAAUCGAUAUCAGGCACACGGUACGUUGUGCAUUCCAAUUUUUAUUCACCAUUUCAAGGAUACGACGUCAUUCUGACAUAUUUAAACAAAAUAGAGUGGCAGGUGAAUGUGAAUGAUAAUUUAUAUUUUUCUUCACGUUCAUGGGGAAUAAUAUUCAGUGGAGAUUGCCAUUGGAACUGUGUCACUCGUGAAUGCAGUGGGGUUUUAACCGUCUGACGGCAUCGGCGGUACUACUACUUACUCGAGAUUUAUUAUUUCAAACACUUUUAUAUCUCCCUUUGGUUAGUGCCAUAAUUCGAUGCAUUUAGGUUAAGCUGUUGAAAUGUUUAUUUUUUAUUAAUCAUUUUAUGGUUGAUCCUCUAGUCGAACUAAUGAUUUACAUUCGUAAUGUUCUAGUCAAAAUUACGGUUAACUAAUGUUUAUAUUGUUGGACAAACAAUAGUCAUGGAAUUUGUUUUCCGUUCUCCCCGUCCCCUCUCCCAUUAUCCGUGAUUUGUCAUUAUUUUUGGAGUUGAUCAGGAUUUAUCUCGCGAUAAGUAGCAGACCAAAGUUUCAACGAAAAUAAUGAACUAAUAAGUGACUCGUCAAUUCCUCGCGGUUGACUAAUAACAGAACUAGUGGUUGUUGAACAGAUUAAUGAAAAGCCACACGUGUUUUUUUUUUAAUGUGCGAGUGCGUGUCUGUACAAAGUGAUAAUUUAUCAACGUGAACGCUGAUGGGAUUAUUCGAAGCACCUGAAGAACUAUGGAAAUUAAUGAAGAUUAUUGAGUCGUGAUGUGCUGUGGUGAGUGAUAAUCGAGAGAGACCGCCCACUCAGCAUCAGUGCUUCAGCGAUGCUGGUGUUUAUUUGUAUAUAAAGAUAGGUGAAAUGUUUUUUUUUUUUGAGAAGCUGAGGACUUUUCAGGGGAUCAUUAGCAAACGAGAAGAUCGAUAAAUGAUAAAUGACACAAGCGCCGUUUGUUGUUGAGUAGAGUAAUGAUAAUAGUCUGGGGAGUGAGAUAAUGAAUAAGCAAAUCUCUUGUUUGACACAUCGAUUUUCACUGGAUUCCAUUAAAUUUUCCACCUGUAGUUCCGGUAAUUGUCGAUAAUGCUACGGUCAAUUGGAAGAACCACCUGUCGAUCAAUCUUUGUCAAUUUGAUACUCUCAAUUUCUAGUUAAUGCCUCACUUUGAUCUUCAUUCACGUAAAGGUAGAUUUUUUUUCCUGCAGAAAUGUACUCUGGAUAAUUUAUGGUUGGCUUUUUCUUUGGGCAUAUUUGAUGGAUUUUCAUUUUACUCAGCCAUUUUAAAUCCCGUGAAUAUCGAUGAUGCUCUUUAGUGCUAUAUGAAGAUGUGAAAUACUCAUGAAAUCAGACCAAAAGAGAAUAAUUUUUUUCGUCGAGUGAGAGAGAGAGCGCGAGCGAGAGGGAGAGAAAGAGUUCAAUUCAUCGUACCAAAAGUGAAAUAAUAGAGACAUGGCUUCGAUCGCCUGAUUAAGAUCAUAUAUAGUACAAAGUAAACAUAUAUUAUUGUAAUAUUGGGGUUAAAUGAGAUAAUUGAACGAAUGACUAUUCGUUGAAUUUUUUAGAUUAUACUUGGAGAAUGUUUAAAAGGAAAACAUGGAUUGCUUUUUGUCAAUGGCGUGUUCGAAUUUUACUCGUAGGAAAAUUUUUUCCGUUUUUCUUUUGCUCG